GCCAGUCAGUGUGAUACGGCGUGUGCAAGUGCGGUGUCAUGCUUUUUUAUCGCCCUUCUCCUCUCUGCUGUUGACGAGUGGUGACCUGGAGUCUUCUCCGGGGCGGAUGAUGAGCUCGCGUCGAAGGUACCAGGCGAGGUCACCAUCGGGGGUUAUGAGGCCCGCUGCCUGAACAGCCUGCGGGGGAGAACCAUGAACCAGCCACCGCCACGCGAGGACCGGAAUGCCCACAGGAAGAACCACCAGGAAGAGGAGGAGGAGGACUGCCCCCGGGUCAGCGUGCCCCCCUGCCCCGGUGCGGACGAGACCGGGGAGGAUGGCCGGCGCCCGGUGCACGCCCUCCUCGGGCCCUCGCUGUGGCUGUACGUGCUCAUGCUGCUGGCCGCCCUCGCCAUGCCCUGCCGCGCCCUCUGCCCCAACAACUGCACGUGCGACGACAAGGCCCUGGCGGUGCGCUGCGAGCCCUCCAACAUAGACGUCCUGCCGUUCACCUUCAACCCUUCGCUGCAGCAGCUGAGCAUGUAUGGCACCGAGAUACACACGCUGGACACCCACUCCCUGCUGUGGUACCCAGACCUGCUGCAUGUUAAUCUCAGUAAAAACAUGAUAAUGCAGGUCAAGCCAAAGACAUUUAAGAACCAAGUACACUUGGAGGAACUUCAUUUAGCUCAGAAUAACAUCAGUGAACUGGAGCCUGACAUGUUCAUCGGGCUGUCCAAGCUAAUUGUGCUGUCUUUGAGGGGCAAUUCGAUUGAAUCUCUAGAUGGAGGUGUUUUCACCCAGCUCAAGCAACUGAAGGAUUUGGACCUGUCAGAAAAUCGGAUAGAAAGACUUGACAAUCAAGCCCUGGCUGGUCUGUCAAAUCUACGAGUGCUACACCUUCGUGACAACCGGUUAACAGAGAUCCCGGCCCAGAACCUUGCCCUUGUACCGGACUUGGCAGAGCUGAGUCUUGGUGGGAAUGAGUUUACAGAGAUUAAAGACACUGAUUUUGAGGCCAUGAGAACCUUGAAGGACCUUGAUCUAUCAGGGACAGAACUAAAUGAGGGGCUCACCAGAAACUCCUUGCAGGGUUUGUCCCUUUUAAGUAAACUGAACCUGGAGGACUGCAGACUCACACAUGUGCCCACAGAAGCACUCAGUCACCUCAGCAAGCUGGAGGAACUGCACAUUGGCCGCAACCUCUUCACAACGCUGCCUCCUGAUGCUUUCAAGGAGAACCGUCGUCUACACUCCCUCUUUGUGUCAGGCUGUGUUUCCCUCGUCCACGUGGAGAAGGACGUCCUAGGACACAACAUGAACAUCCGGGAAGUGGUCAUCACACAGAACCCAAGCCUGACGUUCAUAGCACAGGAUGCCUUCCGCUUCUUGCCAGAACUUAGCGUCUUGGACCUCCACGGCAAUAAUCUACAGCAGAUCAGCGAGCAGGCUGCCUCGUGGAAGGACAUCGCACACUGGAGCCUUGAUGGGAAUCCUAUCAAGUGUAACUGCUCGGCAGCCUGGCUCCGGCAACUGACCAAGGCCCCCAACAGCAGUGAGAGUGUGAAGUGUGCAUCGCCCCCUCAUUUGGCAGGAAAAAGCCUGCACAGUGUUGAGCUGAGUGAUCUAGCCUGUGGGAUGGAUGCGGCCACCCAAGGCUUGGUCAUCGGCAUGGUGGUUUUCGUGAUUGUGGUGGUUGUGGCGGCAGUGGUUGUGGUGAUACUGUACCGCCACCACGGGUCCUGCGUGCACCGCCUCCUGAAGGGCCACAGGCUACGGGGAAGAGGAGGCGGUUUCGACCACUGUAGCCAUGAUAAUUUCCAGGGCUACAUUAUGACACCUCACAAGCCUGUCCCUGUUACGGAACUUUAGCAUUCAGCCCGCUACUGAGGCACAGACUCAGAUUUCCCUGCAGCAAAGCCUGUAUAAGUGAAUAGGAAAAAAGUGAAGCUUUUAAAAUUAAAAGUGGUAAUUGGUGUAAGUCUGGCAGUUAAUGAAACAGUGAAUAGCCAGAACAGAAAAGCUAAACAAAAGCCAUAGUUCUUUAGUAUGGCUCUAAUCAGAAACUUUAUAAUGCAUUUAGUAUGCAAAGUACUGUUCUUUUUAAUGGGAGUUGUGUUAUUUGUUCUUCUUUGCAGUGCCUGUCUUCCAUGCUAUUGGAGACUCAUGCCUUUGAUUCCUUAACACUCUUCAUGUUGCCUAUGUAAAGUCAUCCGGAGUUUUUCUGAUACCAGAUGGCAUGUUGUCGAGAGUAUAAUAUGAAAAACUCUGCAUUCACUCUAAAAAAUAUAUAUAAAAAAAAAAACAAAAAAAAAACAAUCCUCCUCCCCAAUAAAAAAUAUUUAAAAAAUACAAUGAUAGUAAUAAUAUGUAGGGAGAUAAGUGUUUUCUGAAUCCCCCAAUGUGAUAUUGUUUGCUUGAAAGGAGAAAAAUGGAACACAAAAACUUCCACUAAAGUUAAUCUAGUCUUUUUUAUUAAUUUUCUUUCAUUUUCUGUUUUUGUUUUUGUUUUUCUUUCCAGAGAUAGGUGUGUGUAAUGCCUUAUCAGACUUGAACAUUUUCUUGUAUUCCUUAAGUCCCUGUGAUAGACCUAUCAUACAUGCUCUUUUUAAGAAUAUUUGAAAUGUUUAGGGUUUUUAGUGUUAUUGUGUCACUCUCUCUUUAUGAAACUCGUAAUAGAUACUGUGAUCAUCAUAUUCACCUUUGUCAAGAAUAUCACAGCAUUACAAUAGAAAUAGAUAAGUGAAUAAAUAAAAAGAUAAAAAAGUCAUAUGUGACCAGAUCACUCACAAUAUUAUAAACCAGGGUUAGAUAGAAUAAUAAAAAGCAAUUCAUAUUUUUACCAAACCUGUGAGCUUAAAAGACUGUUGUGAUGCACAUGAAUGCAAAUUGAGAGGAAAAAAUAUGCUGUUGGUCUGGUCAAAUAUGUCGUGGGUUGUGCCAGACUUACCAAACUCUUGGAGGAAAUGUUGAGCAGGAGCUGUUAGUAGGAGUAAGGGACAAAAAUCCGAGUCAAGUGUUUCAAUCCCCUACGUCACUGUCAACAACUUCAGAAUGACAUUUCUUUUCUUGCCGUGGUAAUGCAAAGAGGACUGGCAGAAUGAAGUAAUACCAAAGGCUUUUUAAAAGUAAGGGUAAUCUAGAAUUUUUUUUUUGGAAGCAUUAUCCAUAUUACUUUUUAUUAGAAUUUAGAAAUGAUGAAAAUACAGGGAAUUGGAUGAAUGGCUUUUCUUUCCUUUCUGUUUUACAUACAAAGCUACGAAUAUUAAUUGUCUAGCAUACUGUUUUAAACUUUAAUCUUUUUUCAUUCACCCACCCCCCUCCUCAAAAGAAAGUAAAAUCUCUUUAUCUUUGCUUUUGGCAUUCCCAGAGCCAUAGGAUUAACUGGACAUAUCUUAAUAGUAAUACAAAAAUCAACCUUCAGUAUCCAAGAGAUUUUUAGGCAUGACAGGAAGUCAGACUAACACACCCACGGCUUUCCUUGUGAUACAAGGGUACCCCCUUUUUACAAGGGAUCUCUUCCAUAGUAAGAGGCUGUACUGCUACUGCUGCCAGCUCACAACUGCUUCCCUGGUCAGACUAUGGAAGGUAGGGAGAGUAUUUUAGUAACCCGGAACCUCUCGUCCUCGUGUCUCACUGACUUGUACGAGAAUACUUUUGAGUAACUAGACAUCCUCCGUAAAGAAUAUGUAUAUGAUUUUUAAAACUCUUCGUCUGAUACUCUUGAAAGAGAGUGUAGUUCAUAUAUUUGAAUUUUCAUGUUAUUUGUUGUAUUUCUAAGUCUGCUUUAGAGGAAAAAAAUCUUUGUUAUUAUUACUGAAUGAGACUUGAUUACUUCUAGCUUUUCACAUAUGUGAAGAGACGUGUAAGUACCUUUUAUUUCCCAAAAGUAGAAAUUUUGUCCUCAAGAGUUGCAGGGUUAAUUGAAUACUCGUACCCAUUCCUUCCAGUAUUUUUAUUUUUAUCUUAAUUACAUAUACAGACAUGAAAUAAUAAGAAAGAAAAAAUAAGCAAAAGGAGGAGAAGAAGAAGAAAUUCUUUCCCAACCGUAGCACCAAGCAAGAAAUCUACAAAAACACCAACCCUGAAGUUCUUACGUCAGGCCAGACCAAAGAUGUGCUUUUGUGUUCUAUGCAAUUCUGGUAGAUGUAGUAAACGACGGUCAAACCAUCACUUGAUGAGUUAUGCAAAUAGUUAAGAUGAUGUGGAAUCCUUCUGGGGCUAGCCUGCCGAUUCGUUUAGGAUUAUGCUCUUGCGUUGCCCUUUCCUCCUUUUCGACGACACAUAAUGUUAUUUAUGAUUGGAAAAUUUAUAGAUAUUUGUACAUUCCUGCUCUAGAUGUUAAAUAAUUUUUUGUAAAAGCUUUUUUCAAAUAUUAAUUCAGACUUUUUUGAAAUAUUUGAGGAAAAAUAUAUAUAUAGCUUCAGACCUUGCAGUAUGUAUGAAUUGAGCCUAUCCUUUAUAACUCUAGUGGUCAGUCAUUUAUACAUAUACUGUAAGAUAUAUUUCAUAAUCUUAUAGAAUAUUAUGGUACUGUAUUUUACCUAAUGUCAAAGGAACUUCCAAGAGAGAGCAAGAUAAUUAAUGUUCAUUGUUGACAUUACAUAAGAAAAAUGAAGACUUUAAAGGAGCCAUAGUGAUUGUAAAAGGCUACUUUACUGUUUCCUCUUUUUUCUUUUUAAAUUUAUUGCAAUUUCCCAAAAUUGUAUAAAUCUAAAAUCUGAUAACGUUAAUUUACCACAAGAAUUAUUUUACCAUGAAAACCAAUAAGAUGUCACUGCAGAAGAAGUUCCUUUGCCAUGUCAUAUAUCCUUUCUGAAAUUUGUAAAGAAGAAUGAUGAAAAGAAGUUUUAAUACCCCUUUCUAUAUUUGUGCAACUUUCUCCAGUUUUGUGAGUUACAUAAGGUAAGGCUCCCUGUUUUAUGAAGACUUAUUCCCUUGUACAUAUAAUCUCCACAGUCUUUUAGUGGAUUUUUUAGGAUCUCUCUUUCAGCUACAAAGUUCGUAAUAAACCCCCAUCUUUAUAGGUAAUGAUGCAUAUAAUUGUUAUGCCAGGAGCACCAGUUGUGUAUUCAACAUAUCAAAAAGAUAAGAAAAAAGGGAAAAAAUAAUACAGAGAAUGAAUUUGAGUCCCAGAGGUCAGUCAAGCAAUCCAUUUAUAUUUCUGUGAAGUAUUUUUUUUUUUUUUUUUCUUUG